GCUUUCCUUAGUCCUAUGGAGACAUGGCGGAAAGGAUCCUUCCGCAACAAUUCUUUCUUCAAACGUCUGAGUCUCGGGAGACCACGGCGACUCCGACGGCAAGGCAGUGUGCUCAGCCAAGCCAGUACUGCGGGGGGAGACCAUGAGGAAUACAGUAACCGGGAGGUCAUCCGGGAGCUUCGGGGAAGGCCGGAUGGCCGCCGCCUGCCUUUGUGGGGGGACGAGCAGCCCAGAUCCACACUGCUGGCCCCACCCAAACCCCCACGCCUGUACCGGGAAAGUUCCAGUUGUCCCAACAUUCUAGAGCCCUCACCUACCUAUGCUGCUGCCUACUCAGCCACCCUUCCCUCAGCCAUCUCCCUGGCUGGACCACUACACGAGUACUCUGAGGAGGACUCCCUAGAGGCCACGCCCUUACAGGAGGCACCUGCCGACCUCCCUGACCCCUUCUUCUCCUUCAAAGUGGACCUAGGGAUUUCGCUUCUUGAGGAAGUUCUACAGAUGCUGAGAGAGCAGUUCCCUAGGGACCCGUGGGCCUGAACAGGACGAGAGGGACAGGGAUGGGGGACGGAAGAGACGAGACUGAGGGGAGACGGCUGAAUUGUUGACCAAUAAAGGCCACAUCUGUGCUUUAUCCCUGCUUGGUGGAGCAGGUGAAAAGGGCAGGGGAGGGAGAAGAACCAGCCUGAGCCUCAUCACAGACUGGAGGAACUGGUCGUCCUCCUCCUGCAGGGUGCAGUGAGGAAUGACUUCCUGCACAGGAGGACACAGGGAAAGCUGAUGCAGGGUGGGACAGAGAAGCAAUUCCCUCUGACCACAAGACCAGACAAAGCAGGCAGCCGGCAGUGCAGAAGACGGCAAAGGGAGCAACCAGGAGACAUGGGAGGAGCAUGGCGGGGGAAGAAUGCAGAGAGAGCUUCUUAGGGGCUCGGGGGCCCAAGACCGGCC